AUGAAGGCGAAGAGGAAGCGACCGGACCCUCGCGGAAAAGGCAAAAGCAAGAAAUCUGGUUCCGCUCCGCACGAGUUAAUCGUGCAACGUUUAGCAUCUGAGCCAGACAACAAACAAACGUUAAGGCCAGUCCAACCAAGAGAGUUUGUGGCGUUUCCUUACGAGGAUCUUACGCUAGCAAACUUGAAGAAGGCUCUCGCUAACCAUUACAGUUUGCCAGCAAGCCUAUGUGAUGUUCUUGUCACAAACAAGGGACCCUCUUGUACCAGCAUGGAACAGAUCCCUCAUAGAAAGGACAAGGUGAGUUCGUGUACGAAGCAUUUAAGCUUAGGUAAAUAAACAAUAGCGCAAAAAUAUUCUCGGGUAAAACUAGAGGAAAACUGUACUAAAGGACCAAUGUCCGACUAUAUUCGCGCCUGACAAGGCCUCUCACCUUGAGACUUUUGAAAACUAUUUAACAUGUAAGAAACUCUGUUGGCUUUCAAAAUAGUUCCAUUCCGUUUAAGAUAUUCAGCUUUAUUCAGUUCAACAAUUUACUUGGGAUAAAAACUAAACGUGCACGCAUAUAAAGGUCGGCACAGACAAGGGGACUAGUCACAGGGACUUGCUUUGGGAACCAGUCCUCUAGUGUAUACCCGUAUUUUGCAUCAAACUUCUAGCCGCAGGGACCACAUUUUUGGUCCCUACGACUAGUCCCAUGAAUUAAGCUGGUUUGAUUUCUGGGACUAGUCGCAGGGACCAAUAGUCCCACAAAUUGGUCAAUUUUCUAGUGUGCACACUAAGUCCCUGCUACUAGUCCUCUAGUGUGUUCCUAGCUUAAAGGGGUACAUUCUUGAAUAUUUCCCAGUUUUAGCUGGUACAUAUUCAGUCACAUGACACGUUUAGACCUAUCGCAUGUACAAAAAAAUAAUUUGUUAAUAAGUUAAAGAGGGUCAUUCCAUUUAAAAUAAAUUUAGCCUGAGACCAUACCCGCUUCCCACUAGAGUCAACUCUCACCUUGCGGACACCCCGCUAUUAGGGACCGGUCAUUAUUUAGACGGGGGGGGCUGGUGCAAAAUUAGGUAUGCCAUGUUUCAUUUUUCCUGACCCCACUUCAUGAAGCACAUUUUUUCUGACCCCCCCCAUAGAUAUACAAUCGCGCGUACACACACACUUUUAGUACACCAACACAUAUAACUUUCUAUUGGUACUUAUUAAAUGCAUUAUUCAGUACCUUUUUUCUGAUUCUGAACUGAGUAGCCCCUCCUAGAACCAUUGAAUACUUGCAUAAAUUUAUAUGCCCCCCCUUUUGUCCCUGCAUAAAAAUCGAUGACCCACCCCUAUUUGCACCAGCCCCCCUCUCUAAAUAAUGACCGGUCCCUUACGAACAAAAUUCAGAUCCCCUCCAAAAGAGAUUGGACUAGGAAUGACUCCUGGUAUUACUGACUCUCACUAUCACGGUCACUAAACGACGUCCCGAGGGUGUCUGUUGUAAUGAGAGUUGACUGUAUCUCUAUAUGUUUCUUUUGGGAAGAGGGCAUGAUAUAUUGACUUGUCACCAUGUAAAAAAAAAACAACAAAUAUAAGUUAGGUUGACAUCAGGUUUUCUGUUCUUCACACAGGAUUCAAAUUCUUGAAGAGUUUGAAUGAGAGGUCUGAACAAACUCUCCUUGGCUUAAGUUUUGAAAAAUGUCAGUUAUGACACUGUCAAUACCCUCAGUCCUCCUCAUGUUAUUCCAAGUUUGUUGAAACUGUAAUAUUACCUUUGAAAUACAUUUAUUUAGACAGCGAAUACCGGGUACAUAAACUCUUUAGCUUAAAUGUAAAAAAAUUGCCAACAGGAAGGUAAAGGUCACUGAUGUUUGGCAGUUUUGGGGCCUUGAUGAUAAGAAUUUUCACAUUUUAUAUUGUUAUAAUAACAUUAUCAACUAGUUAACAGUGAUAGUAGCAUGAAUUUCAUAUGUUAAAUAUGAUGAUAACUCCUCAUUCCAAAGAACAACUGGUGCAUCAUCAGCACCAGUGAGAAAGGCAGCUGCGCCAAAACCAAAAGCAGAUUAUGGAAGGUUCUCAGUGACAACCCAGUUUCCUCCAUCCGUAUCCAUUGCCUCAUUGCUGGAUGCUGGGAAGCUCAUCAAACCAGUCACCAAAAACAAGUGUCUCCUAACCUUUGAACAAUUUGACAUUGCCUCCAAAGAAUGGACAGAUGCAAUGGAGGUAGAGUGUAUAGUAGAUUCAGAGAAGUUUUCCUCAGGUGGAUUCCGUGAUGCUUACCACUGCAAGCUAACUGGCAAAUCUGCGGGCCAAAACAUUUCAAAUCGCUGGGUUAUCAAAACGUACAACGAGAAGUCCAAAGAAGUAAUUAGUACUCAAUUAAAAACUAAUAUAGAGAGCCAUUGUCGUAAGCAAGUACAAAUGCAUGAGGUAGCUAGGCACUUAACAAAGAAGUUCCAGUCACAGGCACCACAAGAAAUGGGAUAG